GCUCGAAAAGUAAGUAAGAAAGCUGAAAGUACAAAAAAACAAUGCACUGCACCAAAUCCUAUCAUUGUAAAUGUCGAAAAUGGUAAGACUUGCUUAUAUAAUAUUUGUGAGUGUGAAUAUAUAACCGAUAAGGCAGCUGCCCCACGGAUUCCAUCGAGAAAUUUGAAGUGGAA